AUGUUCACCAACUGGCUGACUGGCAGCAGCAACAGCAACGGCGGCAGCAGCACGCCGGCCAUUCGGUCGACGGUAGCGGGAAUCGUUGGUGCCGGCAGUGGGACAGCAAGUGGAGUUAGUGCCUCCGCUUUGGUCAUGAGCUCGCCGCCGGACGUCAUCCUGGAGGUGGGUCCGGCGCCCAGCAAUGUGCGCUUCGUGGCCCACUCCCUGGUGCUGGGCAUGCACAGUGGCUACCUGCGUUCCGCCAUUCGUUUGGACGAGGCAUCCGCAGCCGCAUCCGCCUCGGCAUCGUCAGCUGCAUCGUCAGCCGCAGCAGCAUCCGCAUCAGCGGCAGGCGCAACAGCUGCCACUUGCAACGCAGCAGGCGCCGCAACGACGGCAACGGGCGAACUGCUGCUGUAUCUCGGCAACGUGACGGCCGAUCAGUUCGCACCGCUGCUCACCUACAUGUACACCGGCUAUCUGGACCUGACCGUCGACAACAUCUUCGCCGUGCUGCUGGCCACCCACGUGCUGCACAUGCCACGGGCUCUGGAAAUCUGCCGCUCAUUUUUGGCGCGUGCCCAAACGGAGGGCUAUCUGAACGGCAAUCCCGCCCAGCUGUGUCCGGUUCCCAGCAUUCCCGCCAAGGUCAUCCGCCCGAUUCCCAGCAAGGCCACCAUGCCCAAUUUCGGCUUUCUGCCCCUGCCACAAGGACACGGGCCGCCAAGUGCUGCACCAACAGCUCAUCCAACUGCUCAUCCAACUGCAACUGCAGCUCCAACUCUCAGUUCCUUUGGCGCCAACUCAGCGCACCUGGAGCAGCACGAGUCCACGGCCCUGCAGGAUGAGGCCAACGCUGUGGACGAGGACGAGGAUGUGGAGGUGUUCAUCGACAGCAACACGAUGACGGACAACGAAGCGGAUCUCGAACCGGACGUGGACAUGGACUGCAAUGUUUCGGUGGUAAGUUCGCUGGACAGCCUGAACAUCGAGCGUCUGGAUGUGAAGCCACCCACACCCACAACCUUGCCACCAAUGGUGGCAACUACUGCUGCUGCUGCUGCUGCCACCAUAAUCCCCACCAGCACUACGCCCAAAACGAAAUCCCAAAGUCUGCCGUCGAAAGGUGCCAACUCCAGGAGGGAUUCCAAUGCGAAGGCUAGUAGAACGAAAGCGAACGCGUCCAGCAGAUCACGAAAAUCCAGUGGCCUGCAGGUGGCCAGGGCACCAGUACCCGCUGCCCAGUUGGAUUUGACAGCGGCUGCCACACCGAUAACGCCCGCCAAAUUCAUCAUCGAUGUGGCCAGUUGCGAUGGCCCGGUGCGUUUUCGUCGUAUCCUCAACACUGCUUAUGGUCACAAGCCGGAGGCCAUGGAUGCGACGAACACGUUGGGCAUUGCCGGUGGCGCUGCUCCCGCGGCAUCCACAUCCAUGGCGGUGGAGCAGCAUCGCAGCCAGCAGAGCGUCAGCUAUUCGUUUCACCAGCAGAUGGCCCGGGCCAUCAGCAGUCAGCAGCGGCAGUUGAGUCACCAGCAGCAGGAGGAGAGCGAGAAUAGUGGCGAUGCCACACCACCAGCCACGAUGGUGGGUAGCAAGCAGCAACGUGCCACAGGUACAGCAAGUGCCACUGCAUCCGCAACAUCUAUUGGCAAUAGAAAGUCACAGGCGGCAUGUGCAACUGGAUCUGCAACUACAACUGCAUCUGCAACUGCAUCCACCGGCAAUCAGGAGCUGUACGUUUGCGUCUAUUGCAAGCACACCUUCAAGUCGCAGUACUGCUACCAGAAGCACGCCAAGCGACACCUCAACCCCUUGACACUGACCACCACCACGGACAAGAAGCUGCUCGCGGAACCGGCCGCCGCUUCGCUGGCCAGCAGCUCGGAAAUGGACCACACAGCGGUGGGUCAGGGUGGUGCCACGAAUGCAACUGGAAAUGGUGCAACAGCAGCGGCAGCAGGAGGAACAUCAGCAUUGUUGCGACGAGAGGUGCGGCCACUGGACAUGAAUGUGCAGUAUUAUCCCUGCAAAACGUGCGGCAGCAAGUUUCCCAGCUACUACUUCGUGCACAAGCAUCGCAAGAUGUGCCACGCGGAUGAGAUUGAGGCGACUGCCACCAGCAACACAAGCAACAAUAGCAGCAGCAACACAAACAGCAACAGCAACACAAGCAACAGCAGCAACACAAGCAACAGCAGCAACAACAACACCAAACGCGAUGAUCAGCAGCAACAAUCCUAA